CGGGCAGUGGCGCCCAUUAAAGGGCAUGCAUGGCUUCGAGUAGCUCGACCCCUCCCUCUCCAAGAAAGAAGAAAGAAUCCAGACGAACGCAAGCCCUAGCCGCCGCUUACCGCCGUACGUCUCCUCUCCCACGCGCCCAUUCCUCAGAUCCAGACUGUCCGUUGGUGCUAUGGCGUUGCGCGCUUUGGUCGGCAAGCUGAGGGUCCUCCCUGAGCGGGCGGCGGCCUCUCGCACCUUCGCCUCCAAGCUGGAGAAGCAAUGCCCCAAAUGUUCUCGUGAAGCGCAGGCUGGAUCUUUUGCUGAAAUGAUGGAAAAAGAAGAACGGCGUGAAAUGGAGGAAAUUGCAAGGAUGAAAAGGAACAGCGCCGUGGGUAUGGUGCUAGGCACUGUUGCCACCAGUGCUUUGGUAUUCUAUACAGUAUGUGUUAUUGAAGCCAUAUUUGAUGAUGACGUGUAGGGACGGGAAGCAAAGCAGCAAAUACUCCAUGCCUAUGAUGUGUUCUAUGGUACGUGAUGUGUUAUAUUUGAGAACCAGUGUGUUCUGUGGUGUGAUGUGUAUUUGAGAACCAGUGACAAUUGUUUAGUGUGUUCUAUGGUGUGAUGUGGUAUUAUAUUUGAGAACCAGUGAACUAUUUAUGAUGUAUUGUGUUGACCUUGUUAGCAUGACUUGAACUUUGGAAACGUC